GAUUGAUAAUAACUUGUGGAGACAAGAACGCAAAGAUAUCCGCCUUGACUCCCUCAUCUUCAGACAACUUGAUUGAAUUUAGCUCUAAGAAACGGUUUUACGCCUAUAUUUCAAAAAUGGUCUCACAAAAGGCUCUCCUGCUCGGAGCAGGCUUCGUUACCCGUCCUACUGUUGAUGUGCUCAGCAAGGCUGGAAUUGAGGUCACAGUUGCUUGUCGGACUCUGCAAAGUGCCAAGAAGCUCUCUGAGGGCAUUGCGAAUACCCGCCCAAUCUCUCUCGAUGUGACCAAUGCAGACGCCCUCGACGCUGAAGUCGGUAAAGCGGAUGUUGUUAUUAGCUUGAUCCCUUAUACCUUCCAUGCCACUGUUAUUAAAUCCGCCAUCCGCAAAAAGACCAACGUGGUAACCACUAGCUAUGUAUCGCCUGCAAUGAUGGAGCUUGAUCAAGCUGCCAAGGAGGCAGGCAUUACAGUCAUGAAUGAGAUUGGCCUUGAUCCCGGUAUCGACCACUUGUAUGCCAUCAAGGUCAUCGAUGAGGUCCACCAAGCUGGUGGAAAGAUCAAGAGCUUCCUUUCAUACUGCGGUGGACUCCCAGCACCCGAAGCUUCAGACAACCCCCUAGGAUAUAAAUUCUCCUGGUCGUCGCGCGGUGUUCUUUUGGCUCUGGCAAACCCUGCCAAGUACUGGAAGGAUGGCAAGAUUCAGGAUGUUGCUGGGCCCGAGCUCAUGGCCGAAGCCAAGCCUUACUUCAUCUAUCCCGGUUAUGCCUUUGUCGCGUACCCUAACCGAGACUCAACGCCCUAUAAGGAGAGAUACAGCAUCCCUGAAGCUGAUACCAUCGUUCGGGGAACUUUGAGAUAUCAGGGCUUUCCUGAGUUCAUUAAGGCCCUCGUUGAUAUCGGUUUCUUGAGUGAGGAGACUCUCGAUUUCCUCAAGCCGUCGGAUAAGCCUUUGAGCUGGAAGGACGCAACCCAGAAGAUUCUUAAUGCUUCUUCUCACAAGGAAUCCGACCUUGUCUGGGCAAUUUCGUCCAAGACCAACUUUGGCGAUACCGCUCAAAAGGAGCGCGUUCUGGCAGGCCUGCGAUGGAUCGGUCUGUUCUCCGAUGCCCCCAUUACUCCUAGGGCAACACCACUAGACACUCUUUGCGCGUCGCUUGAAGAGAAGAUGCAGUAUGAACCUGGUGAGCGAGACAUGGUCAUGCUUCAACACAGGUUCGAAAUCGAGAACAAAGAUGGCUCAAAGGAAACGCGAACCUCCACUCUUGUAGAGUAUGGCGACCCCAAGGGCUACUCCGCGAUGGCCAAGUUGGUGGGCAUUCCCUGCGGUGUCGCUGUCAAGCAGGUUCUCAAUGGAACUAUCUCCGAGAAGGGUAUACUUGCACCCAUGACGACAAAGAUCAAUACUCCUUUGAUGAAGGAGCUGAAGGAGGAAUAUGGCAUUGAAUGCAAGGAGAAGGUGAUUGCAUAAAUAGCCAUAAUUGCGUCUCAAGAACUGGCUAGAUCCUAGUCCAUGGAUGAGUCUGUAGAACAAAAGACGAAACCAGAGAGCGCAAGUCUCCCGCAUUCGAUGUCUCAAAUGCUCUGUAUCGUCCAUUGAUGGGUUGAAAUGUGAGAACUGUUGUAGUUUAUAAAUUCCCCACUGUAGCGACAGCGUUCCUUUCAGGCUAUCCGCUGUUUCUUUACACCCGCCGAAC